GUCACUGCUUCAUAACUUUUGUUCAAAGAACAGAAGAUGUCAAGAAGUACCGGAGGUACAGGGGUUCAUGAAGAUCCUGGAAGGUUAUGUCCAAGGAAACUGUAAAGCACGGGAGUCUGACAAAAAGGAAAAGGUGUUGAUGUCCUUGAAAGCCAUUGGAAAUGCUGGUCUCGCAGCGGGUGCUCUGAUCCCGACUCUGAAUAAGUGCGUGCAGUCGAAAGCUAAUUUGCUACAAGUGCGACUUGCUGCUAUUCAUGCUUUCCGGAGAAUUCCCUGCGAAGCUGAUCGCACUGUGUUGGUUCAGCUGUAUCAGACAAUGGAUGAAGAUGUGGAGCUCCGAAUUGCAGCUUACUACACCUUAAUGAAAUGUCCCAGCGAUCAGCUGUUCGAAACAGUAGGCCUCACACUACAGAAAGAAAAAUCCACUCAAGUGGGCUCUUUUGUGUGGACCCAUUUAUCUCAGAUCAUGGAAACAAAUGACCCCCUCAAGCAGCAGCUGAGGGAAUCUCUUCCCAAUUAUAUCAUCAGCAAAGACUUUGACCUGGAACACUGGAAAUAUUCAUCGUAUACGGAUGCCACUUUUCUGUCAGAAUCAUUUUCUGUUGGGACAAAUGCAGAGGCUGCUCUUGUUUUCUCUCCAAAGUCCUUUUUGCCUCGUUCGAUAAUGGCAAAUCUCACCAUGUUUGCAAUGGGCCAUGCUGUCAAUCUUCUGGAGGUUGGCAUUCGAGUAGAAAAUGCUGAGUAUCUUGUACAGAAAAUGUUGGGUCACAAGCAACCCCCUUUUAUGGACAGUCCCAAACACUUUAAAAAUUCAAGAAAAAAGUGGAGAAUGAGAAACCCAGCUAAAUCUUCUGCUCAGCCUCUGAAUAAGAAGGGGGCUGUGACAAGGCACACUGUCAGCAGAUCAGUGGCAUCAAAUCAUCAGCUGGCGAAACUCAAGCCUGAUAGAACAAAAAAAAGCUGCCAGAAUGUGGACUAUAAUAGAAUUAAUGAAAUAGAGACCAAGUUUAUGAAAAGAAUGGAAAAGAGGAAGAAGAAGCUGAGCUGUGGCCUAAGCAUCAAGAUAUUUGGAAAUGAACUGAGUUUCUUAGACUGCAGUGUCUUGAGGAUGCAAAUAAAACAAUACUCUUUAGAUAUGGCAGAAAUUGCAAUAAGACUUUUGAAGGGUCAAGAAAUUCAGUAUAACAGAAGGACAAGUCUAGCUACCGAGGAGAUGACAUUUUCAUCCAUUUCAGGUCUCCCAAUUAAACUUGCUGUAAAUGCAUCUGCUGCCAUCAGCGUUAGAAUUAAAGGAAGUAUAGAUCUUAAACAGAGGACCGACUUUGCCAUCACUGGUUUCAUCAAGCCAAGUGCUCAUAUUCAUGUAUCAGCACACAUGGGACUCGAUGGGACAAUUGGUAAAGCUGGUUUGGAGUGGGUGGCUGGAAUGAGGACAGUGACAAGCCUGGAUGGUGGAAUCCAGCUGAAGAAAGGAAAAGAUCUGAAAAUUUUCCUCAACACACCACAGGAAACAAUGGAAGUCAUUGAUGUCAGCUCAAGACUUUACACUGCAAGUCCAGAUGGAAAGGAGGAAAUUAUUGGAUCUCUUGAUCGAAAAGAAGCAAGAACAUGCAGUGAAGAAGAAUUUUCCAGACAAAUUGGAUGGCAGAUUUGUUCUGAAGUGUCAUAUCCCACGGGAACUACAGGACCUGCAUUUCCACUCUCUGGCCCUGCAGAAGCAUCAGUUAUGCUAAUAAAACGUGACAGAGAUCUACAACAGUAUUUGCUGGAAGCAGCAUACUCCUACGUUGCACAGAAGAACACCUGGUUUCCAGCUGAGGCUAUACUACACUUUUAUAUGGGAACUCCACAGUCAGAAGUCAAAAGGGACAUAUCCAUCGAUUUUCAAAUGAACUACCCCAAACGGAAGCUAUUAGCCAAAAUUGUUCAUCCAAAGAAGAUGAUAACAAUAGUUGGAGAAAUUGCAAAAAUAAAACACACUCACACAGGAAAGCUCGAAGUUCUCAUUAACGGCAGAGACUUGUAUUAUAUUAAGGGAUGGACCAACUUGCAAAAUCUUGGUGGAGAGCAGAUGUUUUUUUCCCAGUUGGAAGUCAAGUUCACAAAGCAUGGAAGUCCUAUAAUACUGUCUGGCAACAUAACCAGAGUCCCUGAGCAGAAAAUAGCAAUUAUUUUAUCACUUAACAAUGUAAUGAAAGAGACAGCUACUGUGUCAGUUAAUUUGGAGCAAAAACUUGACGAGAGACAAAAGCAGUACUCAAUAGAAGCUGACACCUACCUUCCGCACAUUCUGGCGUGCCAAGUAAUUGGUUUCUUGCAGCAAAGGGGAAACACUCUGUCUUCAACACUACGAGCAAGAUAUGGGCUAUUUGGUGAUGCGCUGAACCUUCAGCAUGAAUGUAACAUGGCUGAGAAAAUUAAGAGAGAAGCGAGCCCUAUGGAAACUUAUAAACUCCAAGUGCAACAUGAAUUUCACUGCACUCAGAUCACAGCCUAUAAUCAUAAGCUUCACCUCCAACAUGAGGAAAAUGAAUCGCGGACUUAUACACAGCUUGAGAUCAACUACGGAAGGCACUGGGAUGAGAUAAAUAACAAGAAAAAGAUUUUCAUCACUCAGGUGUUUAAGAAUGAUUCCAGUCUCAGCUUAACCAAUUACUUCAUGGAGUUCACCUUGCAAAUUCCAGAAAAGCAAAUUAAUUACAAGACACAGCUACAGCAUUCCCAGUUGCUGCAGGGAUAUGCUGAGAGCAACACAGAAGCCAAAGUAUUCUACAAUGACAAGAUUCCAUUCCAGGCAGGACUUCAGUGGAAGGAUACAUCGAAACCUAAUCUAAAAAAGUGGGAAGGUUCAUUGAAUCUGGACACUCCUUGGCUUUAUCUCCACUCCUCACACAAGCUGAACCAGCCUCAUGCCCGUGCUUACCAAUCAAGUGUAGAAAUUACAGCAGCCAAGGCAAUAUCUGUGAAAAACUUGGUAAUCUACACCUACUACAAGAACAAAGGCAACAAGAGGGAAGGAAGAAUCCAUAUUCAUACUCCCAGCACCACAUACUUAAAGGCAUCUACUGUUGGAUACUUCACAGAGAGUCUGUUCAGGAGCCACAGUGAGGUGGUCACAAUUUGGAACCUUCCAAUUAAGAAUAAGAUUCUUCUGGAAAGUAAAGAAAAAGUCAAGACUUUGUGGUUUUGGUUAAAGCAUCAGAAGAAAAUGCUUAAUUUCACGGCUAGCUGUGUGAGCAAAGAUGAGCCGAAGAAGAGAAAAAUCCUAUCAGUGGCAGCCCUUUGGACAACCAGUAAGGGCCCACCGUCGCUGGUCCAGUUAAUAGGACAGACUGAGGAGCUGAAGAGGGAGAAGAUGUUAUUCCAGAACCGUGCAUCAAUCCAAUUUAGACAUCCUUUUAAGCUGCCAAUUCCACAGAAAACCCUCCUGCAGGAGACUUUCACUGUAGAUAAGAGGAAGAUGCAUUAUAGUUUGGAAGUAAAAGCCUUGGUGAAUGAGAAAGAAGAAACUGUUCACACUCUCACUCUUGGAUACCAGCCUGAAAACCCAUUUGUGUGUGUAGCUUUAAUACAUCCGUAUAAUGGUGAAGUAAUUCCAAAGAACAUGGAGGCCUGCGUCAAAACGAAGACUGACCACGUUGCAACAUUUGAGGCAGAAGCCACAAUGAAAAUUAACAAAAGAGAUGCAUUGACAUUCCAUGGGCAAUAUCAGAAUAAAUCAACUGACACAGAUUUUUGGUACCUUGUACAUUUUGAUGCAGACCAUAGUUUACAGCUACAAGUUCCACAUAUAUUAAAGCUAGAUGGAGAACUGUUUAUGAUGCAGAGCAAGAAUGAAAGUUUUAAUUAUGGAGCGAAUUGCAAAUUUGCCGUCAACAAGCUGGAUACCUCACAGCAGCAGAUUAACCCUGUGCUUCCUGGAAAGAAUGCAAGACUAGUGCAAGGUGUGCAUUUUUCUGUUCAGAUGAAUGGCUCUUCUAAUGAGAUACAAGUUUAUUCAGAGUUUAUCCAGCCCCACCAAUCAGCAGUACCAUACACUUUCCAGGCCUAUGCAACAGCAAAGAAUUAUGGUGAGACUAAUUACAAUGGCACGUUCUAUUUACACUGCAAUGGUAAAGACUUAAUGGUGACAGAGUUUGAUGUUGUGAACAAGAAUGAAAGGGAUGUCAGGAUUCUGGGCAUUAAAGCUGCUCUUCAUCAGAGCUUACUGGCUGGACCUAUGAACAACCUAUUUCAGAUAACCGGGAAGACAUACAAUUCAAGAUUCCUACUAGUUUCCAGUCUGCGGUUUGAUGAGAAAGCUAUUGAGGUGGAUUUUAUGGGUUUGAAAGAAUAUGAGGAAGGUUUGCUCAUGUCAUUGACUGGAACCUUACAGCACAAUAUGAAUAACAGGCUGAAAAUCCCACAAUUCUUGCAUCUGAAUGCAACUUUAAAACAACAGAAUAAUACCAACAAAGGUGACCUGAAGAUUGAAAUUGGAGAUGUCCUUUACUGCCUGCACCUUCAAAACAGCAAUACCUUCAGCAGCACCACUGCCCAUGAAUUGAUUCUCACAUUGACCCAAAAUGGCAGCACAACACUUCCAGCAGUGACUGAGUUUAAAGGACAACUGGAGCUGGGCGAAGAAUUAAGACUGGGCCAGGCUUGCUGGCAAACUGAUAUUAGAACAAUAUGUUUCCAGCUUUUACAGGUGACCAAAACAAAUCAGACAAAGGUCACUGGCAAAGUAUCUCACAAUCUGGAGGAACUGAUAACUACAGGUUUACCUUCUGAUGGUGAGCUCUCUCUCAGUUAUGACCACGCGAAUAACAACCGCGCAGUCAAAGUGGAAAUAGAAAGUGGCAGGAAGCACAUUCGAGCUUCAGUGGAGAUGGAAAGAACAUUUCGUGGUGCUCCCAUUUACCAGCUCACAGCCAAUCUUCUGCACAGUGUGGAGGAAUUGGAAAAACUUGGUCUUCCGCUCUCGUGCACUGGCAGCUACCACUAUCAGAACCUGAGAAACGGAUACAUUGCCAAUGUAAAUAUCAGAUUGGAGGAGCAGCAUCUCAGAGCAGAGAUAGAGCAGAGGAGCACCAUGAAAACAGUGGAGGUCAUUUUAUCAUUUAACCAUGAUGUAACAGCACUGUCCGAUCAAAUACCAGCGACAAUUCAGGUAAACUGCAGUGGAGAAGCUUCCCAGAAGCUGCUUCUGGGACACUGUUCUGGAAGUGUUGGCAUAAAACCUUUCGAGAAUGCAAUGCCAGCAAGAUUUCUCCUGAAUGGUACAUUGAGGACAGACGAUUUGGAAGCAGACUUCAUUGGCCACCUCCAAAUGGACAACAAGUUUGCCAUAAUGGAAAUGCAAACAAUCUGGACAUCGAACCCCAGCAUUGACAUCGGUUUGAGACACUCUCUUCCUUCACUUGUCAUCAUGGGUGUCCCAAUGGAAAACAGACUUCAGAUCCGAACAAGCAGGGAGACAAAGCACGAAGCAUCUCUUGAGUUUUUGUUUGGGGAGUGUAGCUUAAGAGCUGUUGGUGACUUCAAAGGUCCAGGGACAAGGAAGGAGGGAAUAAAAACAAACUGGUCGGCCUCUUUUAUGAACAGAUGCCCCACACUUGAGAGAGUGGGUGUUCCACUGAACCUAGAAACCAGUGGUUUUCUGGAUAUCAACAGCUGCAAUGUUGCCAUACAAACAAAUGUGCUCAACGAUGAUCAAACAGCUGAGCUGCAUCUGGAGACAGCAUGUGAUCCCAAGUACACGGUGAAGGGGCUCCUGAAGCAUUCCAUUCCUCUCCUGAGUAGCCAAGGCCUUCCCGGUGAGAGUGAAAUUCUUCUGUCUGCUGCAAAGGGAGAGAAAAUGGAUAGUUCUUUCCUGCUGCAGUCUGGAAAUUGCAAAUUCCGAGCCAGUGGGAACUUGAGUCCUGGUGCAAAAGCAGAGUGGAUGUGGGUCACUGAAACGGAUUGCCAAGUUUUACAGAAUUUCAUGAUUCCAGCCCAUUCACAGUGCAAUGGAUCCAUUCAGAUUGAUGACUGUAAAGGAGAACUUUUAACCAGCAUCCAAUUAGAAGAGAGCAGUGCUUCCUUGGAGCUAAGGACAGAGUGUGACCCAAAAGUCAACGUGGAAGCCAGCUUUGAUCAUAACUUGCCGGUGUUGGGGGGAAUUCCGGCCCACAACAGGCUCUUGUUUACAACAGAAAAACGCUCAAAAUCUGAGUUUGAUUUGGAUUUGAAGUUAGGCACCUGUCACCUUCUAGCAAGUGGAGGUCUUCAAGUGAAAAAUAAAACAGAAAUAAACUUUAUGGUGGAUAAUAAAUGCGAGAAGCUGCAGGAGCUGGGAGCACCCAUGAAGAUUGAUGGAUCAGCGUACACUGUGGUAAAUGGAGUCAGCUUUGAGUCCCAGAUGCAGAUAAUUGUUGAUCAAACCACUCUGGAAGGUCAGCUGACUUUAAAUGCUGGUGUUAACAAGCACGAGAUCAAUGCCUCAUUGUUACACAACAUUGAAGCGGCCACACAACUUGGCAUUCCAAGAAAUACAGCCGUCAUACUAACAGUCGAGAGGCAAGAUGAUACAUACAAGCGGUCUGUCCAAUUUAUUAUUGACAGCAAACAGAUAAUUGAAGAUUUGACUUUUGUUCACAAAGCAAAUCAUAUUUCAUUAAACUAUAAACUUACUCAUAAUAUUGAGUUACUCAAGACCUUCUUCAAAGAUGACCACAUUGAUAUACAGGUCAAUGCUAAUUUCCAAGGCAUUGCUCCUAAUCUCGAGGGAUCUGUUCAGAUUAUUGUGGAUGGUGAGAAGUCCAUUGCAUAUGCUGUCAAGACUUACACAUACGAUGAACAUUUCAAGCUAAUAAUCGGAAAUAAUCACAACAGUGAAAAUUUAGCAAAUGUUGGUUAUCCCAAGGAGAUUGUACUUGUAUUGAAUGCACAAAAAACUGAUACCAACGUGAGUUCAAUGUUUGACAUUCAGUAUGAUGCCAAGAGUAUGAAGAUCAGUUUGAAUGCCUCUAGAGAGUUUAUUUUGGGCACCACCAUUGAACUUAAUGCUGGAGUUCAGCAUACAAUCCCAUUCAUCAAGAAACUCGGAGUCCCCUUCAAUGUCAAGGCUGAAUGCACAGGAGUACUUAAAGACUCGGAUAUGGAAGGAUCUUUGAAGCUAAACUAUGAGCCAGCAGCCAUUCUGAUACUACAUUUGGAGGGGAAGAUGCAACAAAACAAUAAAGAAUUGAAGCUGAUAGCAUUGCAGAAUCUCCCUGUCCUUAGUUAUCUCCCCGAGGCCGUGGAAAUAGAGCCAAAGGUUAAUUAUUCUUCAAACAUGAUAAAGGGAUCUCUGAAUAUAUUAGUGGAUAAGAGCAGAUUGAAUGCUUUCACCAUUUUAACUAUUGGUGAUUCUGAUUAUGGUGAAGCUUUGGAGAUGACUCACACAUUUCCACAGUUGAAAACAAUUCCUAAGAGACUGGUGUGUAACACAGAAUUCCAGAAGGACGGUGACAUCUACAGGUUCACUCACACUUCCGUUUGUGAAGACAAAGAGCUGAGGUUUUUCGGAAACUACAGUGGACCUUUCCCCAAGAUAUUUGGACGCCAUGAAAUUCAUGUGGACUUCAUCCACCCAUUUGCUAUUCAAUUACCUCAGCAAUCACAUGCCUGGAUCGCUCUCUCCCAUUCUCUCUUCAGUCACCAGGAUGACAUUGUAAUCAACUGGGACAAGAAGGAUCAGGUGAUUCUUCAAGCCUCCCUAACUUUGGAUAAUGAUAGGCUGGAAAGUAAAGCCAACCUAGAACACCCCUUCAAGUUUGCCUUGGAGAAGUUCCAGCUGAAGUGUCUUUCUGAAAGAAGAGCACAGAAAUACAAUCAGAAGGCAUAUAUCACCUGGAAUGGAGGUCAACCAAUUGAUCUGAAAUUUACACUGGAAAACAAAAUGGAAAGCAAUUUAACAGUGUGGGACAGCUGCCUGGACUUUUCCUCAGGCCAGCUGCAGCCCUUGCUAAUGAUACAAUUUUUGCAUGGUUGUGGAUUUGUUAAACGAACACCGACCCUCUUGACUGAAAGUUUGGAAUUAUAUUUGGAUGAUAAAAAAAUCAAUCAAAGCUUUGAGUAUCAGAGUAACAGACCAGUGAGAUUGGACAACAUAUGGAUUGCUGCCACCUUCUCAAAUAUUUUCCAGUCAUCCUGUGGCAGGCAGGACAUACUUGGUAGGAUCCAAACUGACUACCACAGGCAGUUGAACCAUUACCUGAAAGUUGCCUUCUGUAACAUGUCAAAUUCAUUCAAAUUAUCAGGAAGGCAUCAGCGAAAUGUAGGAGAAGUUGUUUUAUCAACCCAAACCCGAGCCAGUCUCUUCAGUGAUGAGAAACAUGGUGUGGUACUGGGGAUGUCACUGAGGAAUAGUGGACAACCUGACUCAAAGAACUACUCUAUUGAAAUGGAGUGGAAGGCUUCUGAAACCAGUCAUCUAGGCCUUUUAGGCACUUACACUGCCUCUGUCCUCAGCAGCAAAGCAGCACUGGAAGGAAUAAUCGAUCACAGAGAGAAAAUUAAACUAGUUACCAUGCACAAGAAGGGUUGUCAGCAGUAUUACAGUGGAUACACUAGCGGUGGGUCAGACGAAGAAGGAGUAGAGUUGGCGUUUUGUUCAAAGGAAGACAGAACAGUGAAAGUGGAACUGUAUCACACCCUGAACCAGAUUAGGAAAGAAAAGCUGGCGCUCCUCUCAGUUGCAGUUGUCAACAAAAGUAUGCAGAGGGUACUCAGAGUAACAGCUCAGGGCUGUGGACACCUCAUUACCAGGACAGAGAACAAGCUUUCAGAAAUUGUUUUCCAAUUGAAGAGCCAUUUGUUGAAAAAGCUCAAAGAAUUUGAUCUACAUGUUUGGAAAUUCAGGAAAAAUUUUCACAAUGCUAACUUCCUGCAUGAACUGUGCGGUUGGAUGCUGAAGCUCUCAGAGAAAACAGCAAGCGUUAUCAAGAACAGUGGUAGAUCAUUCCGUCAGUUGUGGAAGCUGAGCAGACUGAGAAAGCUAUUGCUCCACGUUGUUCCACUGUACCUCACAAAGAUUCAAGAAAUAUUACAGCAGUUACAGAGAGAACUAAAAAAGCCUAUAGCUACUCUAAAGGAGGCUUAUCGUGAUGUAACGCUGAAAGAAUUAGACCACGAUUGGAAACAGAAAACUGAAGAAUAUCUAGAGAAAAUUCGGUCUUUUGUACCUACGGUGGUUCAGGAUACAUGGCUGCUGGAAAAACUGCAAAAAGUGCUUGAUGUUACCAAGCAAGCUUUUGACUUGGCAACAAACCAAACAGUGAAAUGGGCAGAAGCAAAACUCACUAAAGCUACAAUCAGGAUCCAAAAGCCACUUGCAAAUUUCUACAAACACAGUUCAGAAGAUUGCACUGUUGUUGUGAAUGUGCCUUUGUGGCCCUUGGGAACACAGUUGUUUGAUGUGGCUAAUAUCACCAGCUACCUUGUUGAAACCAAGUUAAUAAAGACACUAAAGAGCCUGUACAACAUCAACCUAAUUGCAGAAUAUUACAAACUUAAACGCAGGAUAAUGGACACCCCUUUUGAGCAUCAAGCCCUGCUCAUUAGAAACAAACAUUAUGUGACAUUUGAUGGGAAGAUGUAUAACUUUGCCAGCAAGUGCAGCUUUCUUUUAGCUAAGGAUUUCCAGAGGGACACAUUUACUCUGUUACUGAACCAUGAAAAUGAUGGCAAAAACUCGCUUCAUGUGGAAAUGAAUCAGACUACAAUUGAUAUUUACCCAGGACUAAAGGUUGAAGACAAUUGCAAAGCCAGUGAAUUGCCUCUGGUGAAGAAUGGAGUGAUGGUCAAACGGGAUCGAAAUGAAGUCAAAGUAUCAGAUCAAAGUGGAGUUACUGUAUCUUGUGAUAUGCACCAUGAAUUCUGCAGUCUAACUCUUCCUGGGUGGUACCAUGGUAUAUCAGCUGGUCUGUUUGGAACUAAUGAUAAUGAAGCUGGAAAUGAAUUCACUCUACCCAACCACUCACAAGCAGAGAAUGUGCAAGAGUUUGCAGAAGAAUGGCAGAUUGAUGCAGUGUGUCACGCUAGGGACAAGAAGAUUAAGCAGUGCUUUGACAGUACUCUUCAAUACUUCUGCAAAACUUUAUUCAAAGGCACUUACUCACCUCUCAGAAACUGUUUCAAAGUGGUAGACCCAGCUCCUUUCUAUGACAUGUGCCUGAACGAUGUGUGUGAGUCCUCAGAUCUUCAGGACGGCUGUAGCCUCGCAGCGGCCUUUGUCCACUUGUGCAACCGGAAUUUUGUUCCUCUGCAACUUCCAUCACAGUGUGUGACUGGAAAGGACAGCGAAAGUCUGCUAAAUGAUGAUAUCAUAAACAGUGGACAAUGGAUGUCUAUGAAACGUGCAGAUGUUCUCUUUAUUAUUGAAGAAAGAGACUGUAAUAAGCCUGUUAUUGUAAAACUUCCUUCACUUAUUAAUUCAUUGGUUGAAACCUUCAAAAAACAAGGACUCUCGGAUGUAAAAUUUGGUUUCAUUGGCUUUGGUGACAAUGGAAUACAUGAACAGCAUCUCCUCACUGUGAGAAGCGAUAACACAACCUCCCUCCCAUGGUACUUGGAAAAAGAGCCAGGUAAUCUGAAGUUCACCCACAAUGCCACCCUCAAUGUGCCAGCUGCUGUGAGACUGGUAGCUCAGUGGCCUUUCCGCAGCAAAGCAAGCAAGAGUGCCAUUCUUCUGACCUGCUCCAGAUGCCAUCAGAGUGACAAGAAAUCUGGGAACACUUUGCAGAACAUGCUAACGUCAUCUGGGAUUGUACUACAUGUUCUAAAGGGCAUGACAUUUCAGAUGAAGAAUGGAGAGAGUGAUGCCAGUAUUGCAGGUUUAGACAGCUCCUAUCUCUUCCGAGUCAGUAGUACUGGCUACAGUAAGAAUCGGCCCUUCAAAGCAUUACGCCAUCACGUCAUGUUGCCUUCUGAGGAUGUGUGCCUAGCUGCAGCAAUCAAAUCGGGAGGAGCAAUAUUUGACUCUACACAUUUCCUCAGACAAAGCAAACGUUUCCUCCAUUUGUUUAGCUGCCAAAUCACUGGGAUAGAUAAAACUGGCAAAUGUGAGAGCCACCAGUCCAUUACAGCUUGAGCUGGCUUCAUUUGGUGCAGAUGACCCCUGUGUUACAGAUGUUCACCCCUACAGAAUUUUUAAACUACUACCCAUAAAGUUGAGAUAUGGAAUGAAGUUUUUUCUCAUGUAAAUUAUGUGGGGGUAAUAAAUAAGUAGACACUUUUUUGCAUCACAUUUCUUGAUGCAUGUACAGAUGACGCAGCAUUGUAUGACAGAUGCAGACUGUUUUCUAGAAACGCACCCUCUCUGUAACUUGAGGGGGUAGUCUAAAUUUGAGUUGACUACUUCAUAGUAAAGAGAAUAUCAUAUAUUUAUAGCAGUAGAUUUACAAUGUGGGGAAACAAUCUGUGGAAUUAGAAAUCUUAGAGUCAGAUUACAGAUUAUACAGUGAUGUCAUUGUAUAUGUUACUCUGGAUUACAAAUUAAUCUUUAAACAUUAAAUCAAACUCUUUAUUUCUACCCCGUGACAUGUUUGUAUAGUCUUGACAGAAUAAUUUUUAAACUCCCUAAUCCUUGUUAUUUUCUUCUCAAAGUUUUCUUGAAUGUUUGCAGGGAAGAAUUACUGCUGAAAAUGAGAGGGAGCUAAAUAUAGCAGAUGCAAAAAGUUGCAAAAGGCCAGGCAUUAAAACUGCUGUGGCAUUUCACUCUAAUAAAACAGCAAGGUGACUCACGUCAGGAAGUAGUUCAUUCACAGCAUUGCCUUGUGGGAUUAUAAAAGAACAGCCAUCUAUUCAGUAUACUUUAAAUACUAUCAGUGUUGUGUGAAAAGCAGUCUGAAUAUUUGGUGUCAGUGAGUUUAAUAUAGGUGAAAAGUAAAUGUUUGAUUUUGAGCAUAAUCAAAGUAAGACUUAUUUAAUCCUUCUGCAUGGUACUCUGAGAAACAGCAGAAAAUGUGAGCGGUCAUUUUGCAUUGUAUUCAACUAAGUAAAGCACAGAACAGAACUUGGUCUGUACAAAGUCUCAAGACACAUUUGAUGAGUUUAAACUAUGUAAUAAAUGAGACUCAGCUGACUUGGCAGCAUUGUACAAAUUGUGAGAUAUCACAGACUGAGAACUUCCACAACACAUCUGAAAUGCUGUAGUAAGUAGAUUUAUUAUUGUACUUUCUAGAGGUCAUUUGCUAAGAUAGUGUGUCAGUUUAUAUAGUGUUUAAUAAUAUCCCCAGUGCAAGUCAGUGUGUUGCUUGAUAAGUUGAAGAUGUUAUAUGGCAGUUAUAGUCUGACAGAUCUAGUGACUACAAUAGUACCAGCAUGGGGUAAAUAUUGGUGUUAAAGAUGCUGAGAAUUGAAACCAUUGGUUUCAUUAUCAAAAGCAAUAAGUUUUAGCAUGACUCACUGGUGUCUUUAUUACUGGCAUGUGAUUAAACUAUGUACCGAUUAUGAAAAUAAUAUCCAGGACAUUAAGAAAGACAACUAACUAUUGAGUUACAGUAAUAAUUUAGUACGGAAUUUGUAAAUAUCUUAAUAUUGGACAUAUUUGUGCCUUUUCAUUUUGUCUGUUAAAAUUUACUAAAUUCCAUUUCCUUUGGACCAUUUUUGUUUUUGCAAAUAAAAAAGUCUUUGAUUUUGUUAACUUUAAGUACCAGUUAGAGUUUGCAGUCAGUUAGAGAAAUAUAAAUGUCAUCUCUUCUUGGACUUUAUGUGAGCUGAAGCUACAUGUUCAAAAGCUCAAUCAAUUUAGCAAGAGUACUGUAAAAAUAAUAUUACCUGCUGGCUUACUAAAUCUGUUUUCAAUUGAAAUAUGUGCUGUUGGAAUCAAGAGAAAACCAUCUUUUGAAUCAUAGUUUCUUGGUGUUUCAAUUUUGUUUUUUGCUAUUAAUAUAUAUUUAAAUAAAAACUUUUUGUUGGUUUGCAGUCAUUCUAAUUUGGUCAUUUGAGGAAACUGAGUUAUGUAAAUAUUUUCAGUGGCUCAGUUGCCCUUUACCUCAUUAAUGUAGUACACUUUUACAUUUUGGUUGUUUAUCAUUUUUUUAGUUCCUGUGAGCAUCUAGUCUUAAUGUGAUUUGUUGUUAAAGCCUGAGUACUGAAAUCAUUCCACAAAAACAAUUACGUGAAUGUGAUAUGUAAAUUUUCAGGCUUAAAUGUGUUUUGUGUAACCAAUACCAGCAGUGUUUUUGAUGUUUAACUUGAUGACAAAUAAACUAAAAUUA